AAUGGAGUGAAGAUGUACACUGUCGCCGGCCAACACCGUUCUGUGGCAACAUGGCUUCCCCCUAAGAAGCUCAGGGCCCUUCGUAAAGAUCCAAGUUAUAUGCAAAGAGUGGAUCUGAUUCAGGAUUUGAGAUUUGAAACUGCAACGACAAGAAUUAAAGUGACUCCUGACGGGGAGUAUCUCAUUGCGUCAGGUAUUUACCCACCACAAGUUAAAGUUUAUGAGCUGCGGGAGCUUUCAUUGAAGUUCGAAAGGCAUUUGGUGUCAGAGAUCGUUAACUUUCAGGUCUUGAGUGAUGACUACUCAAAAAUGGCAUUUCUUUGUGCUGAUCGUUCUGUCUGCCUCCAUGCAAAAUAUGGAAGUCAUUACAGUUUGCGAAUUCCAAGGAUGGGAAGGGAUAUUGUAUAUGAUUGCUGGUCUUGUGAUUUGCUUUGCGCUGCCUCGUCACCAGAUCUCUACAGAAUAAAUUUGGAGCAGGGACGCUUCCUUUCCUCACUGAGCACACGAUCCCCGGCACUUAAUGUGGUUUCGCGGAGCAAGGUCCAUGGAUUAGUUGCUUGUGGAGGGGAGGACGGUGCUCUUGAAUGCUUUGACAUGAGAGCAAGAUCUUCAGUUGGCAGGAUAAAUGCUGUUGCACCUGCUGGGAAUGGGGACCAGGAGGUUACUGCAAUAGAGUUCGACGGAGAUGGAGGUUACCUCAUGGCUGUUGGAAGUAGUGAUGGAAAGGUUCUGAUUUACGAUUUACGAUCUUCUCAGCCUAUGCGGAUAAAGGAUCAUAUGUAUGGGAGCCCGAUACUGAACAUUAAGUGGCAUAAAACGCUUAACACUGAACGAACAAAGUUAAUAACUGCUGACAGCCACAUUGUUAGGAUUUGGGACCCUGAGACGGGAGAAGGCAUGACAAGCAUUGAACCAACGGGUGGGAGAAUCAACGAUUUGUGUGCAUUCACUGACAGUGGAUUGAUGUUGUUGGCUCUUGACUCCAGUCAAAUACCUUCGUAUUUCAUUCCUUCACUGGGGCCUGCGCCCAAGUGGUGUUCUUACCUUGAAAACCUGACGGAAGAGCUUGAGGAGCAACCCCAGACAACUAUUUAUGAUGAUUUUAAAUUUUUGACGAAAGAAGAUUUGGAAAAAUUGAAUUUGACCCAUUUGAUUGGAACCAGCCUUCUAAGGGCUUAUAUGCAUGGUUACUUCAUCGAUUAUCGUUUGUAUAAAAAGGCACAAGCCUUUUCAGAUCCAUUUGAUUAUGUUGCUUACAAAGAGCGGCGGAACCAGGAAAAACAAGCGGCAGAGCGUGCCGGUCGUAUCACGAUUAAGAAGAAGCUUCCCAAAAUUAAUCGCACUCUGGCUAAAGAACUUCUUGAGAAUGAAGAGGCUGAGAAUAUGGAGGAUGUUGAUGGCGUUGAUGCGAAGAAGAUAUCAAAGAAGAAGAAAGGACUGACCGCUGACAUUCUGAAAGAUGAACGUUUUGGUGGGAUGUUUGCUAAUAAGGACUUUGAAAUUGAUGAAUUUUCUCAUGAGUAUCGGGCACUGCACCCUAUGCCUUCCACAAAGCAACCGUCUUUAGUGGAGGAACAUUUUGAGCCUGUGAUGGACGGUGAGGAACCUAGUGAUUCUGAUGCGUCUGCAGCAACACAAUCAUCAGAAGAUGAACAAGAAAAUGAAAAAAGUUCUAGAAGAAAGUCCAAAGUUCCAAGAAUGUAUGAAGUCAAGGAUGAGAGGCAUGCAGAAGCAUUCUGGAACGAUGUUUCACUUGCGAAGGAGGAUGCUCUUCCACUAGGUGAACGGGUUGCAGCCUUGUCAGAUGACCGAACUUCUCAUGGUAUGAACAAUAUCAAGGUGGGACCCGGAGGUUCAAGAGAAGUUUCCUUUAUUUCCAGAAGCUCAGCAAAGUAUGUGGAAGAUGAAGAAGACAAGGGAGCACGAACUGAAAGGAGAAGAGGGAUCCAGUCCUUGAAACUGAAGCCUGAGAGAUCAGGUUUUCGGGGUUCGGGUUCUCGAGGCCGAGGGAGAGGAAGAGGUCGUGGAAUGGGCAGAGGAAGAGGGCGACGAUAAAUUUUUCAUACAUAUUAACACCAACUUUUGUGUCAAAAGGCUAUCAGGAGCAUCAUUAUUUAUUAUUUGCAAAUUGCAAUGCAUCCAAAGAGCUCUUUCUCCAGAAGAAGUAGUCAAAGUACUUAAUCUGGAGGCCAUUGAAAAAAAGUUUACGCUGGAGGAUUAUGGGUUGUAGCGCAUACAUCGGACUAGGGCUACUUGAUGAUUUGAUUGGCUGGUACAAGACAGUGCGUCUCGGAUCUAUAUGUUUUGAUUAUGUGGUGCUUGCAUCAAAAUUUUGUUUGUAGAUAUAAGAUAGAAUAUCCUGUAGGAAAAUGUAGUAAUGCCUUUGCUCAUCCGUGCACUGCUCUACGUGUGAGGAAAAUUAUUGUAAGUCUCAAUGUUUAAGUUGGAGUGGAGGCCUCCUGUCUACUUAUAGAUGCAUGUUGCCUUUUGAUGCCAAGGCAUUUCUGAACUAGGGAAAGAGUUCAAUGUUUUAUACUUGUGCUAUAUUGAAAUUGUAAAAGGGUGGAAAAAAGAGAACCCUCUAGAUGCUAUACUACAUUUGUGGUAGCUUUUAUUUUGUCAUCUUCAUCUUGCUUAAGUAACUUGUAGCUGCACAGAUAUGACCAUUA